AUGUACGACUUUGUGUCGCACAUCCUCCGCCGCUACUUUGAGGCCACCGGCUGGAACGAGCACAACUCGUACCUCAACCUCACCGCCUCCUCGUCGGCGCUGCUCGACUUUACCAUCCCCUCGGGCCUCUCGCUCUCGAUCUCGGCGGCGCCCGCGUCGUCGUUCUUCACAUCCUAUCGCCUCGCCGCGUUGCCCAACCUCCGCGGCGGCGUGGGCUACAUCUACUCGUCCACCGAUACUCCGCUAGACAUUGGCUCGUCGUCGCGCGAUGUCAACUUCAAGCAGAUUGUCGAGCGCUUCCGCAUCACCGAGGCGCCUCGCCGCCCGCAGCCAAAGGAGCCCACCUGGCUCGCCGGCGAGCGCAUCGACCAGCGCCGCGACUACCUCGUCUACGGCUGCAUGCACCUCCCCUCGUCUCGCCUAGACGCGCUCUACACGCUCCGCAUCUCGCCCACCUGGCAGCUCCUUGUCACCGCAGUUUCCACCCCGCCGAAAUACCCACUCGACGCCAUCGCAUCGUCCCUCUCAACCUCGGCCACCGCCCUCGCCGCAUCGGGCAGCUCCUCCAGCGGCUUCGGCGCAAAGGGCGGAAGCCUCGGCGACUCGAAUCCAAACCUUGUCGCGUCUGGAGGCGCCGGUGCUGGACACCAAGCCUCGUCCUCGUCGUCGGCCGCUGUCCAGGCCGCCAAUGCGGCUGCCGCAUCGUCGUCGUCGCUAGGUGCAGGCCCACCAGGCUCGACCAACCUUCAGCUGACGCUGCAGAACGACACAGGCCGCUGGUUCACCGAGUACAGCUAUUCGGCCGACGACGCGCUGUGGGGCUUCCGCGUGCUCCACAACUUCGGCACGCCCUCGUCGUCGUCAUCCUCGCCUGCCGAUGAUGCAACAGCCGCCGCCGCCGCCGCAGCAGCGAUCACCACCGAUGAUGCCUCCGACCUGAGCUCAAGACCGGCUAUGUAUGCGCCGACUGGAGCCAAGGCGCGGAUCAACGAGAGCGGCCUACCAUCGGACUCGUCACUGUCGGAGCCGGACCAGGUCGUCGGCGGCGGCCUGCGCGGGCGCUUCAGCGCUGGCGCCGAGGUGUUUGUUUCGACGGUCGAAAAGAGCGCGGGAAUCUCGACGGGCAUCCGCUUCGCCACCCUACCAGAGCCUCCCUCGUCAUCGUCGUCGACGAGCGGCAGCGGCGCACCCAGCCAGCCACCCACGGUCCUCACGGCCACCCUUAACCCCAUGAUGGGCCACCUCAGCACCGCCUACGCCGCCAAGAUGACGCGCGACCUUGCCGUGUGCUCGCGCUUCGACUUCAACGUCUACUCGUACGACUCGGAGCUCUCCAUCGGCGGCGAGUACUGGCUUCGGGCUUCAGCGGCGGCUGCAGCGGGGGCAGCGGCCGCGACGCAGCCGGCACCGUAUUCAAUGUCGUCGCCACCUUCGUUGAGAUCGUCGCCGCCUGGUGCAAGGCCGACGACGUUGGAGUCGGGAGCCGUGACUGCUGCUGGAGGAGCAGCGCCUCGCGACCUGCGCCCGUCGGCCCGCGCCAACGAGGCGAUCGCCGAGGCAGCGCUGCGAUCGUCGCACCUCGCUUCAGAGUCGCCGAGCCUGCACAGUGAUGCCGCCUCGACGUCGGUUCCAUCCUCGGCGCCGCCGAUGAAGCCGACGUCGAGCUACUCGCUCCGCGACCCUGCCCCUGCUUUGGAUAUGCCUGUCACUGCGCUGCCCGAAUCCACCUCGGCAGCCAUACCACCAGCCGCCUUUUCACCAGCGCCAAUGCCGACGGCAACGACGUCGAACGCUCUGCAGUCGGCCGAUCCCUCUGCCUCGGACGUGCUACCGCCCAUCACGGGCGUCUUGAAAGCGCGCAUCUCGACGGCGGCAGACAUCCGGCUGCUAUGGCAGGCCCGGCUGAAAAACUGCCUCGUCUCGCUCGGCGUCCGUGCCGACCUGGACGGUGCGGGCCUCGGCGCCGCCUCGUCCAAGACAUCGGCCGCAGUGGGCGGGCCGCGGUCCACGACGACGACGACGACGGGCGGCGGCGGCGGCAUCGUCAAGAGCGUCGGGAUCGAGGUCAUGUACUUUUCCUAG